ACCCGAGAAGCGACGACGACGACGACGACGACGACGACGACGAUCGAUCGAAGAGCAAGAGUGACGACAGAGUGACGUGAGGAGCGUGACGCGAAUAGAGCCGCCGAACGUGAGGAGGGAACGUGUGUGUGUGCGUGUCGUGUGUGCAUCGCGAGACAAAGUUGUACGGUUAUACAUGGUCGCCGAGAAGACAGCGUCCUCGCGCAGCCAGCUCGAAAAACUUUGUUCCGAGUGCGUAUAUAUUCCAACUCCGCGCCAGGGGGACGAGGGAACGCGCGUACGACGCUGGCUCGCGCGCGAGUGGAUCGUGCUAGUCUCGCGUCACGGUGCACGGUACGCGUACGAGUGAACCGAGAAGAGAAUGCAUCGCGUGUGCGUGUCCCGCUCGCGCUACGUCCGACCACGUCGAUUCCUCCUCGCGUGUGUCCCGUCUAUGCGCGCCUCCACGAUGGCGCACGAUCGUGCAACAUCAGAGAUCGAACCGACGUCCCCGCAACGUUCUCGCAACAACGAAGGCCAGAAGAGCGGUGAUCCAACAGGCAGCAAUCCCUCGAUUACGAUCGAAAUUCAGCUACGCGUCGGUUACGUGUCUCGUCGCGGCUACUGUGUCUUCCAAAGUGCUAUACAGACGCCGCUGUGUAUAUUUAUAAAUCGCUGUGUGCGCCCGUAUGUACGCGCGCAUGCAUGGAGGAGUGGCGCGCUCGCCGUCCUUGGUUAGUCGGUAGACGUGGGUUUAUUCUUCCGAGGAUAGUGGGUGACCGACGAGGGCUCGGAAGAAGAUGGAGGGUAGCGGUACGGGAAUUAGCAGGCUCGACUGCUACGAGGAUAUGUUUAAAGAGAUAACCAGGAAAUUGUACGGCGAGGAUCCUGAUCACAGAACCUCGAGCGUUCAGAACGAGUUUGAAACUUCCGUUUCGUACAAGACCGAGGAGGACACCGGAAACGGGACCGAUGGUAGCGAUGACGGAAACUGGACCUGCGAGGAGGAACCUUUGAAAGGAACCGAUGGAAGCCGUAUUGCUGCUUAUCACGCUGGAAAAGCAACAUGGAGAUGUUAUGAAUGCGGAGACGUGAUGGGCGGUGGACCUCGCGACGUUGCAGAACAUUUCAUGGAACUUCAUUCGUCGAGGAUCCUUGCUGACGAAAGGACCAGACACCACUCGCCACGGAAGGACUAUUUGCAGACAGAGUUGAAAGUUGAAGACGUGAUAUCAUAUUUGGAAAGGUUGCGAGAAAGGGCGGAAAGGAGCGCGCCUCCGUCGAGAAGAACUCAAGAAACGCAGACUGUGCCCGCAGCUUUGCUACCGGUACCUUCCACCUUCCUGUUACAAGAGUUGCCAUCGGCUCCUGCACCUCAACAUUUGCACCAGAACGCUACAACAAUGCCAUCGUCAGCGUCAGUAUCGGCGAGCGGAAAGCGUUACACGUGUCCGUAUUGCCCUUACGGAACCGAUCGCCGUGAUCUCUACACCAGACACGAGAACAUCCACCGCGAGGAGAAGCCGUUCCACUGCUACAUAUGUUACAAACCGUUCAAUCGCGCCGAUCACGUGAAGAAGCAUUUCCUGAGGAUGCAUCGGGAGCACGGAUACGAGUUAUCCAGGAUACGUAGACCGGCGGGAUCGACGGCGCCCAAGCCUCUUCAACAGGAGUCCGGAACAGGGAGCGGCGCGAGCACGAGCGCGAACGGGCAACAGCCGCAGCCUCAGCCGCAGCCACAGCCUCAGCCGCAGCCUCAGCCUCAGCCGCAGCCACAGCCGCAGCCGCAGCCGCAGCCGCAGCACGCGACUUAUUCAGGGUUCAGUAACAGCAAGAGUUACCAGUUGCAGCCGAGUUCUGCAGCUAGCACGGCUGCAGUCGCGGCGAUUUACCAGGGGACGUCGAUGCCUGCGCCAGGUAUCAUGCAACCGGACGCCGCGAGUUGCAGCGCAACAGGGAGGAGGGUGCAGAACGGGGGCUGUAACAGCAAAAGCCAUCUCAAGGGAGGCUCGAAAGGAGCCCAGGAACGGAGGUACACCUGCUGCUAUUGUUCUUGGAGUGGCGUAGACAACUGGUGCCUUAAACGGCACUUGAACACGCAUCUGAAACCGUUCGCGUGCACCUUGUGCGAGUACAAGGCCGCACGCGCCGAGCGUCUAGCCACCCACGUGUUGAAGGUGCACAACAGACGACAAUGCUCAAGAUGCUCGUUCCUUGGCGAAGAUGCGGCACAACUUCAGAUGCACCAGCUGCAUGUGCACCGUGUCAGCAGUGCCAACGCACCCGCGACGUCCUCGGCACAAACUGCCCCACCACCGACCAAUCGUCAUCAGCAACCUUUACAUCCCGCGGGAGGAGGUCGACCACCACCUGGUCCGCCAGUUUUUCCAGCCCCAGCACCGGCCAUAGCACCUGCUACCACCGUGAUACCACCGACAACGAUACUCGGCCACGAGAUGGUAAACUCCCCUGCAACUGCAGCGACAAUGGCGUACCCGACCUUGGAGGAGGAGGAGGAGGAGAGGCGGUCGAGCGGUGACGGGCACGGCAACGACCACGACGACGAGCAACGUCGUCGCCAUCGUCACGCCGACGCCAACAACGACGACGCCAACCAACACGUCGAUCAUCGCCAUCGUACCGAGAUCGAACGCGAGAGCCACGGCUCGUCGCCUCGACCCGUUUCCGCGUCGUCGUGCCCCGUCGAGCAACAACGCGACGUUGUACACGACGACGACGAACCGUGCACCGAUCGUACCGAUCACCACAACCAUCAACACCACCACCACCACCUCACUUCCACUAUACUUAAUCGUGAUUUUGCGCACAGUUACCGAGCCGUACCCGAAGAGUGCAAGAGUGCACCCUCCCAAUCGAGCGGGGCCACAACGUCCUUCGAUUGCGUUUCAUCGGUCGAGAGCACCGAGAGGAAGCCGAACGCGAGGCAGAGGCCCAGGAAGCAGAGUCAACCAAGAAAGGUAACGUGGAACCAAGACUUCCUGGACGACGAUUCCUUCGAAGAAUUGGGCGGAGGGGCGGAGGAACAACACCACGACGUUACGAAGGAAGAAGAAACGAGCCCCGACGACGAGUCGGCCAAGUCGGCCGAGAAACAGCUCGACGAGAUGAAGGAACGUUACCGGCUUCAACUGACCAAACGAAAUCUGCUGAAAUGCCGGCUCUGCCCCGACGACGCCCCUGCCAGAGGGGCUGUCUGCCAACCUUACCACACCAAGGCUUCCCUCACUCUCCACAAGUUGUGGAGACACGAGAAACGCAAGAGGGCCCUGAAUCCGACCAUCGAGGACCACCCCUCGUCCCAGGUGUCAUCCUCAAUCACGUUGAAGGCGACGGUAUUCACCAACCCUGAAUACGUGUACAACAGAUAACAGUUGGCCACGAGAGGGAUAGACCUGAGGAUGGAUCUCGAAACGCAUUGGUUCUAGAUCGAGGGACCCUUUCAUACGAGUGGGGGGGUGGGAGUACGUUUUUGGUUCCAAGUGUGAUCAAUCUCGCGAUUAAACGUCUCUGUAACGAUAAAAUUUAUACGUGAUUUCGCGAGAAUCGCGAGUAUUGAUCCGAUAGCGACGAUUUCUUUUACUUGGAACGACGUGAAGAAGAUGUUCCAAGGGCUGGUCGCAACGAGUCUGAACACCAACGCGAGAAUUGCUAGGACAAAUUUUUUUAUUAUUUCGGGUGUUUCGUCGUUUCAAAGAUUUUUUUUUCCAAAGAAUCGUUGCGACCAACUCUUGCCAUUAACAUCGAUCCAGUGCCUUUCGACAUCCAACUUCUGAUUAAUUCAGGGUAUGUAAAUCGAGGUUCUCGAUAUUAGUUAAACCGUCGCCCCCUCAUCGAAGGACUGAAAAAUGGGGCGAAACGAGAUAAAUUGUUCGUUCUUUGGGAGUUUCGGUGUUCCUAGAAAUUUGUAGAAUAUUGGACCACAUUCGCCGAAAUGUUGACUAGAAUAUUGGACCACGUUGGAGUAAGAGAGAAAAAAAAGAAAAAAAAGAAAAAGAAAGAUAAAAGAACGAAAGAAAGAAAAGCGAAAAAACUUUUCUCAUAGUCAACGAAAACAAUUUUAGAUAGAAAAAAAAUUGAAUCAACAAGUGAUUAAAUGGACAGCAGGUAGGGACAGAAUUUUUUGAUUACGAAAAAAAAAGAAAGAGGACGAGAGGAGAUGACUUUACAAAAAAAUUGGAAGCGAGAAAGAGCAUUAGCGUUAUAUUCGUAUAAGAAGCUGAUGUAAGAUCUUGACUCGAGUUUUGAUAAUUCACUCGUGAUUCGAACAUUCCUCCUCGAGAAAUAAAUUUUGAAACCAUAUUUUCACCUGACCGAUAAAUCGUAUAAAUUUAAAAAGUCAACGAAAAGAAAGAAGAAAAAUAAAGAAAUAAAAGAAUGAAGCUGAAAAUGGAAAAAAAAAAACGAAAAAACAAGAAAACGAUAUUAAUGUUUGACGAUCGUCUCCAAUUAAUGUCUUGUACGUUUGUCCAUCGUCCGUCUUUGCAAUUAAGUAAUACAUAAUUAACUCCCAAUUUUUCGAUUGAUAUGGACAUUGUAAAUGUAUGUUAGAAAUUUUUUAAAGGGAUUAUUGCAAAGAACCGAAAAAAGAAAUAACUAGAGAUUGAACCACGUGAUCCGCGAAAUUGAUUGAGUGGCCGAGAGACGAAUAUGAUUUUUAUAUAAGAAAUAUUUGUAUAAAAUUAAUAUCUUGUUUAUGUUAUUAUAUGAAAUAUAUUAUAUCUAUUGUAUUUAAAAAAAGGACGUGAUAAGCCAGGAUAAAUGUAGAUUUCCAGAGAACAUCGCUUCGUUCUCUGGAAAUUACAAUUUUAGCACGAUCCUUUUUUUCUGUCAUACGCUCUUUUAUUCAUGCAUAAACGAAUAAAUUUCAUUUCAUUAAUUAUUA